GAGAGAGAGAGAUGAGUUGGUUGCUGAGUAUUGUGUUUCCACCACCUCCAUCCAUCUUCAUUGGAACCAUGUCCGCCGUGAGUUUAAUGUCCCUAGCAUAUGGUGGGUACUCGGAGGUAAAAGGCAAGAACAUGCAGUACUCCAAGUUCUGGAACGUAAAUAAUCUACAAAAGAAGAAGACAUUAAUAGGGAAGGAAGAGGUUACAGAACUCUCCGGCAGAACUGGAAUGUUUAUCUUGUACACUCCGGCGUUUCUAGCGGGUGUUGUCUCUUUUUCCAUUUUUCCAGAUGAGGGGCUCAGGUUUAUGCUUGUCGAUGCAGCUCUCACCAUCCAUUUCCUCAAGAGGAUCUUAGAGGUGUUGUUUAUUCACAAAUAUAGUGGAAAGAUGGUUCUUGAUACAGUCAUUCCUAUCACCCUCAGCUAUUUCAUCAGCACAGCAAGCAUGAUCUAUGCCCAACACUUGACACAAGGAUUCCCUGAACCAACAGUUGAUCUGAAGUAUAUUGGGGUUGCCUUGUUUUUUGUGGGAAUUGGUGGAAACCUUUACCACCAUUACCUCCUUUCAAGACUAAGGGAGAAAAGUGACCUAGGGUAUAAGAUCCCUAAGGAAGGUAUGUUCAACCUGGUGCUUUGUCCACACUAUCUUUUUGAAAUUUUAGGUUUUGUAGGAGUGUUUUUCAUCUCUCAGACCUUGUAUUCCUUUUCAUUCACUUUGGGUACUUUGAUGUACUUGAUGGGAAGGAGUUAUGCCACUAGAAAAUGGUACCUAUCCAAAUUUGAGAAUCUUUCAAAGGAAGUCAAGUGUCUGAUCCCCUUUGUUUUCUAAGUACAAAAGAUGGAAACAUAAUGAAUGUUACUUAAUUUGAGAAGUUAUUC